CCGAAGCUCAGGCUCGGGCGCAGGCGUACUCGUCUCUCUUCCAUCCUGCUUCCUCAGCCCCGGAGCUCGGCGGGGCUUGGGUGGGUCUCGACAGCGGCGGCACCGGCGGCGGCGGUAGUGACAGUGGCUUCGUGAGCCUCGGACGGAAAUGGCGAUGGCGAUGUCGGACAGUGGGGCGAGCCGCCUGCGGCGGCAGCUGGAGUCGGGGGGCUUCGAGGCGCGGCUGUACGUGAAGCAGCUCUCGCAGCAGUCGGACGGCGACCGGGACUUGCAGGAGCACCGGCAGCGCAUCCAGGCGCUGGCGGAGGAGACGGCGCAGAACCUGAAGCGCAACGUCUACCAGAACUACCGGCAGUUCAUAGAGACGGCCCGCGAGAUCUCCUACCUGGAGAGCGAGAUGUAUCAGCUCAGCCACCUGCUGACCGAGCAGAAGAGCAGCCUGGAGAGCAUCCCGCUCACCCUGCUGCCGGCCGCCGCCGCCGCCGCCGCCGGGGCUGCCGCGGCCUCGGGCGGGGAGGAGGGAGGCGGCGGCGCGGGGGGCCGAGACCACCUGCGGGGCCAGGCUGGCUUUUUUCCCGCUCCCGGGGGCGCCUCCCGCGACAGUUCGGGUCCGGGCGAGGAAGGGAAGCAGCGCACCCUCACCACCUUGCUUGAGAAGGUGGAAGGCUGCAGGCACCUGCUGGAGACGCCGGGGCAGUACCUGGUGUACAACGGGGACCUGGUGGAAUACGAGGCUGACCACAUGGCGCAACUGCAGCGGGUGCACGGCUUUCUCAUGAACGACUGCUUGCUGGUGGCCACCUGGCUGCCACAGCGGCGGGGGAUGUAUCGCUACAACGCCCUCUAUCCCCUGGACGGUUUGGCCGUGGUCAAUGUCAAGGACAACCCGCCCAUGAAGGACAUGUUCAAGCUGUUGAUGUUUCCCGAGAGCCGUAUUUUCCAGGCGGAGAAUGCUAAAAUCAAACGGGAGUGGCUGGAAGUGCUGGAGGAAACCAAGAGGGCCCUCAGUGAAAAGCGGCGAAGGGAGCAGGAAGAGGCAGCGGCCCCUCGCGGACCACCGCAGGUGACUUCCAAAGCCGGGAACCCAUUUGAGGAUGAGGAAGAGGACGAACCAGCUACUCCUGAGGUAGAAGAGGAGAAGGUGGAUCUCUCAGUGGAGUGGAUCCAGGAGUUGCCCGAAGACCUGGAUGUCUGUAUCGCGCAGAGGGACUUUGAAGGAGCCGUUGACCUGCUGGACAAAUUGAACCACUACCUAGAAGAUAAGCCCAGUCCACCUCCUGUUAAAGAACUAAGGGCCAAAGUGGAUGAGCGGGUCCGACAGCUCACCGAGGUGCUAGUUUUCGAACUGUCCCCGGAUCGUUCCCUGAGAGGCGGUCCCAAGGCGACUCGAAGGGCAGUUUCUCAACUCAUCCGCCUUGGCCAGUGCACAAAGGCUUGUGAGCUGUUUUUGAGAAACAGGGCAGCAGCUGUGCAUACUGCAAUACGUCAGCUUCGUAUCGAAGGCGCCACUUUACUCUACAUUCAUAAGCUCUGCCACGUGUUCUUUACCAGCCUUCUUGAGACUGCGAGGGAAUUUGAGACGGAUUUUGCAGGCACUGACAGCGGCUGCUACUCUGCCUUUGUGGUCUGGGCGAGAUCAGCCAUGGGCAUGUUUGUGGAUGCUUUUAGCAAGCAGGUGUUCGAUAGUAAGGAGAGCCUCUCCACGGCGGCUGAGUGUGUAAAAGUGGCAAAGGAGCACUGUCAGCAACUGGGUGACAUCGGACUGGACCUCACCUUCAUCAUCCAUGCCCUUCUGGUGAAGGACAUCCAAGGGGCCUUGCACAGUUACAAAGAAAUCAUAAUCGAAGCCACUAAGCAUCGCAACUCUGAGGAGAUGUGGAGGAGGAUGAACUUGAUGACCCCAGAAGCCCUGGGCAAACUCAAAGAGGAGAUGAAGAGUUGUGGGGUAAGAAACUUUGAGCAGUACACAGGAGAUGACUGCUGGGUGAACCUGAGUUACACGGUGGUUGCCUUUACCAAACAGACCAUGGGCUUCUUGGAAGAAGCGCUGAAGCUGUAUUUCCCAGAGCUGCACAUGGUGCUUUUGGAGAGCCUGGUGGAAAUCAUCCUGGUUGCUGUGCAGCAUGUGGAUUAUAGCCUUCGGUGUGAGCAGGAUCCGGAGAAAAAGGCUUUUAUCAGACAGAAUGCGUCCUUUCUGUAUGAGACCGUCCUCCCUGUGGUGGAGAAAAGGUUUGAAGAAGGUGUGGGGAAACCCGCCAAGCAACUCCAGGACCUGAGAAAUGCAUCUAGACUUAUUCGCGUGAACCCCGAAAGUACAACAUCAGUGGUCUGAUGCUUGGCUCUGUGUAUAUGUAUACGUAUAUAUUGCUUAUAUAUUAUUUAUAUUUAUAUUAAGUUGCAUUAGGAUACUCUUUAUAGUCUUGAACACAGCUUAAAAGUAAAAGACACCCUCUCAAAUAAAAAUGCAGAAUCAAAAGAAAAAAAGAAAGAAAAAGAGUUCAAAUUAAGCCCAAAUAACAAAACAUUGGAAUUAUUAAAAUAUAUGCUUCCUUUUUAAAUUAUGCUAACUCUCUAAUGAAUAUAUUGCCACACUAUAGCAUUUCAGUGUAUCCUUUUGAGUCAUAACACACUUUCUUACAGUAUAUAUUAGGCAGCACAGAAAAAUAAUAUAAGUAUGUGGUGUUUAAGUAUGUUGUGAAGUUUCCCCGUUCACUAAAAUGUUAGGUAUCUUUAAGAGUACAAGUGCCGUGCAAAACGACCUGCUUCAUACACUCCCCCCGCCUUAAAAUGUGAUCAAACAAUUUUGGGAAAAGAAAGGAAUUGAGAAAAUUGAUUUUAGGGUAAAUUUUGGUCAAAAGAAUACCUUCUUGAAAGUGGCUAGUUUGUGGACUCAAAUACAUGGAUCCUUAUAGAAUACAAGGGGAAGCUUUCAAAAAAAAAACAGCUCAGCAAACAUUGCCAAUGUAAUUUGAGUGGCUCAUUAUUUUCACCUAAUUAGCAGCUUUCUAAUACUUGAUUUGGGAUCACUUACUUGAAUCUUAAGGACUAUAGUAAAUUUUUUUUCAACAUAUUCCUGAACCAUGUGAAUUUUCAGCUGCAGCUUUUGUCUUUAUCAUACUAAAAAAUUAAAAUGAUUUUAAAAAGAGAGAAAGAGACUGAGGAAACUGGCAGCCUCCCGUGAUUUUUAGCUGCUUUCCCCCACUUUCCAUUGCAAAUUAUAUAGUGGCUCAGACUUCAUGCAAAUGGGAGAAAAGUUUUCACUGAAAUAUUUGUUUAGAUGUCAGCAUCUGGGUGCAUGGGAAAUUAGGAAAAAUAUACAAACCGCUAUUGUUCUCAGUACGACUGCUUUGAGCAGAGAUUUUUGUUUUUUUAAGCAAAGUGAAGAUAAAGGUGAGAUAAUGUACCCAAGGCCAAGGGAGAAAAAGAACUUUUGGUGACUCCCACUAAAAUGCUACGUGCUGCCUUUUUCUCGUUUUAUUUUGUAUUAUCCUUUGUUCUUAAAAGUAAAUAUAAUGCUUCGGAUUGUUUAGUAAAACGAAAAGAGCUAAAGAAAUUUGAGCUUCCCAAGAUUUCUGAACGACUGCUUCUAUUGUGCAUUGAUUAUAUUAAGAUUCCUCAUACUUUGAGAGAAAUUAUGCUAAGAUCCAUUUUUUCCUCUAGCUUCCAGUUGUGAUUCUUGUCCAAACGUGCCAUUUGAUGCCAAGGACUUCCAAAGGUCAUGUCUUUUAUCUGAAUUAAAAUAGUGGUAUUAAGACUGGAAAUUAUGUAAAACUGAAAAUACCUUCCAAGAGUGGCUUAGGGUUUCUGAAGUUCCCUGACUCAGUUACUUACUGCCUGAGGAGCCCUUUUAUUUAUUUUUAGCUAUGCAUUUUCAAGGUUGAAAAUUAUCAAAAUUACAGAUUUUCUUUAAUUUUUCACAUAAAUUUAGGAUUUUCUAGAUAAUAACCAUAACUGGGUAUCUCAGCUGAGCAAAAACAGUUAUAAUUUGUGUUUUUUUUUUUAAGAUCACUGGAAACUUGAAUUUGAUAAAAAAAUUAUUAUUUUGUGCAACUUACAGUUUCUAAAAUUAUAUUGUAUAAAACACAUGUUGUGUAAAUAUCUGAUGCUAGGUCCAUGAAAUACUUCUGAAAUCAAAACUUAAGGCAUGAAGUUGUAAAAACUUAAAUGUGUAUACUCAGAUAUUUAAAUGGUUGCUUCUUCAUAGAACUGUCUGCUUUUUAAAACUGGAAGUACAGAAUUUUCUUUGGGUAAAAUUUGUGUAUUUCUCAAUCAAAGAUGUAGCUGAAGGUAGUCUGCUGGUGGUGAUUGAAUUAGUGUGGGAAGUUGAUCAAAGAGCACCAGUGUUAUAAUGUAUCUUUGUGCCAACACAGAGCCAUUGAGUAACAUCCUCAAAGUGGAGUCAGAGGUCUUUUCUCUAAUUCUUGUUUCUUCAGACUCCAAAACAAGUCCUAAAAAUCAAAUGCAGUUAGAGAUUGUCCAAAAAUAUAGUACAUUCUGUAAUAUACCACUUAAGAGUUGAUUGCCUUUUCUUGUUUGCUUCAAACAUAUACUGUCUGUCACUCGAGCUUGGAAUCACAGACUUGAUUGAAUUAAUUAUUGUUGAAAAAAAAAAAAAAACACCCUGUGGAAUUAAGUCUCUUAUUUGAUUAAAGCCUCAUUUCACUUAAAGUGCUGAACACUCACUUAUUUUUGUUUAUAAUACUACCGAUAGUUAAAUUAUUGGCACUAGUAUUUUGCAACUUGCUUACCUAGGAUUGGGAAUUUGGAACUUGACAUGUAUAAAAUCAGUAUAUGUACAUUUUGCUUAUUGAUAUGCUGUGAUAUGAGGGAAUCUGAAAUGUUUAUCAAAAUAAAGCUUAAAAUUUUUCUUACACUGGA